CAGAAAUGGCGAGUCCGGAGCAAUCCGAUGAAAAGUUGGCAUUUUCUGUAGUAUCUGGCAGAUGUUCCACAGCCUUUGCAACCAAGCAAAUUGAAAUCGGGAACCCGGGUAAAUGUAAAAACGCACAUCCGCAAUGAAAAUGAUCUCCGUCCACACUAUCGUUUUCAGAAUGUUUUGCAUCCACGUUCCACACAGAAAUUAUUUUGAUAAACAGUUGUUGUCAUGGUUACGUUACUCCGCCAAGCCUCUCUGUUUAGAUUACAGGCGCGCGAUCAGAUGAUAUUUACAGUUGAUCAGCUGGUUAAUCAUUUUCGACCCGGUCUUGGCCAGAAACGCCGCUCCAAAUAGGCUACGGUUUGAACUGUCGUCUUUCGUUUUUUUUAUAUGUUUGACUCAAUAUGAGUAAUAUAGAGUAAUUCAGUUACUAACUCAGUUACUUUUUGGAACAAGUAGUGAGUAACUAUAGCUAAUUACUUUUUUAAAGUAACGUUCCCAACACUGUUAAUGAGCCAGGAGACAUGAAGACCCUAUGCUCUGGAGGUCGUAAUGCAGCAAGAUGAAGACGACUAUAUGGACGUGGAACAACUCGUACUGCUGCAAAGGAUCAGCUGUGUAUGCUGGGGCGGGGGGAUACAAGUUUAACACUGGAUCACCACAUCUGUAUGGAUACAAAGCAUCUGUGGAAAUCCGUCCUUUGCUUGAAUCUGUUCCACUUCCCAGCCCACCAAGGAGAGACGCCCCAGAACACGCCUCAGCACGGCCGGGAGAUCAGGGUUCACCAGCACCAGGGUGAACUCAGGGUCGGGAGGUAGAGCAAGGUGUCCCUGAGCAAGGCACCUCAUCCUAACUGCUCCUGACGAGCUGGCUGUCGCCCUGCGUUGUUGACUCAGCCAUUCAUGUGUGCUUGAAUGGCUGAAUGUUAGGCAAUAUUGCAAAGCGCUUUGAGUAGCCACUGGUUAGUAAAGUGCUGUAUAACUGCAGUCCAUUUACCAUUUACCAAAUGGGACUUCUGUCUCAGACCAGUGUUCACCAGCACCAGGGUGAACUCAGGUUAGUGUUGCUGCUGUCUCCAGCUGACUGCACUCAGCCUCCAGAGAUGGACCUGUGCGGUUUUGUAGCUUCCGACUGACCUUCCUCUCUGUUGAUUCUGCAGCCUAUUCUCUGGUCGUCGCUCAGCGCUCACACAAUCAGGUUUCUAUAAACGGCAUAAUGAGGGGUGAGAGAGAACAAGGGUGAGAGACGGAUAGCUUUGGAGAACAGGAUGUGGAAGAGUUGGGAUGGGGAGGAGGGAUUCGGUAGAGAAAAAAAAUCCAGAAUGGAUAGAACCUGUCUGCACAACCAAUAACCAUCAAUGUGUGUGCACAUGUGUGUGUGUUGUUUGUGUGUGUGUCUGUACAUGUUUGUGUGAUGUGUGUGUACGUGUUUGUGUGUAUGUGUGUGCAUGUGUGUGUGUGUGCACACAUCUGUGUGUGUGUGUGUGUGUGUGUGUGUGUGUGUGUGUCAGGCCAUGUGAUUCUGCAGACAUGAUGCUAAUCAUGACCCUCUUCCUAAUCUCCCCCUGCGUGAGGUGUAUGCACCCUCCUCCUCCCCCCUCCUCCUCCUCCCUCGCCGGCUUUCUCCCCCCUCUCUCUCUCUCCCUCUCUCUCACCCUUCCCUUCCCAGGCGCUUUACUCCCUCCUCACUACACCUCCGCCCCCCCCACCUUGGACUGAUAAAUAGCACAGCGUGAUUCGCUGCCUCGCAAACUAGACGAUCAAUCCAGAGCCCCACAGAUCCACGCUCGGCCGGCGCUCAGACCCUCCGACGCGUGUCUCCCCUCAGCUCCUCAGCGGCCAUCUCCAGUCUCCUUCCAUCAGGUCCGUCCAGCUGCCAUGUUCCCUCAGAAGCCGGAGGGGCCCCUGCCCCGGCGGGGCCGGUCCUUCGACUCGGUGAACACGGGGUACGAAGACAAGCAGAUCCACAACGAGAUAAACAAAGUGACGUUCGGUAAAAUCGAGGAAAACAAAGACAACAAGACGCGGAGCCCCUCCCCAGACUGCCCCAACAGCUCCGCCAAGGGCCGGGCGGCCAUCGUGUUCUCCCUGAAGAACGAGGUCGGGGGCCUGGUGAAGGCGCUCAAACUGUUCCAAGACAAACACGUCAACCUGGUCCACAUCGAGUCCCGCAAAUCCAAGCGCAGGAAUUCAGACUUUGAGAUCUUUGUGGAUUGCGACAGCAACAACGAGCAGCUCAAGGAGCUGACCCACUUACUGCGGAAACACACCAACAUUGUUGAGAUGGACCCGCCGGACGAAAGCGCCGUGCUGGAGGAAGAAACAGAGGACAUCCCCUGGUUCCCCCAGAAGAUCUCCGAUCUGGAUCUGUGUGCCAACCGGGUGCUGAUGUACGGAUCCGAGCUGGAUGCAGACCACCCGGGUUUCAAAGACAAUCUGUAUCGUCAGCGGCGGAAAUUUUUCGCUGAUCUGGCCAUGUGCUACAAACACGGAGAACCGAUCCCGCGCAUCGAGUUCACGGAGGAGGAGGUGCGGACGUGGGGGGUGGUGUUCAGGGAGCUCAACAAGCUGUACCCCAGCCACGCCUGCAGAGAGUACCUGAAGAACCUCCCCCUGCUGACCAAGUACUGCAACUACAGGGAGGACAACAUCCCCCAGCUCGAGGACAUCUCCCGCUUCCUCAAGGAGCGCUCGGGGUUCACCAUCCGGCCGGUGGCGGGGUACCUCUCCCCCAGGGACUUCCUGGCCGGCCUGGCCUUCAGGGUCUUCCACUGCACCCAGUACGUCCGGCACAGCUCGGACCCCCUGUACACCCCGGAGCCAGACACGUGCCAUGAGCUGCUGGGCCACGUCCCCCUGCUGGCCGAGCCGAGCUUCGCCCAGUUCUCCCAGGAGAUCGGACUGGCCUCACUGGGGGCCUCCGACGAGGCUGUGCAGAAACUGGCCACGUGUUACUUCUUCACGGUGGAGUUCGGUCUCUGUAAACAGGAAGGCAGGCUGAGGGCGUACGGCGCCGGCCUGCUGUCCUCCAUCAGCGAGCUGAAGCAUGCGCUCUCUGAAAACGCUCACAUCCUGACCUUCGACCCCGCGGUGACCUGCAACCAGGAGUGCAUCAUCACCACCUUCCAAGACGUGUACUUUGUGUCCGAGAGCUUUGAGGAGGCAAAGGCUAAGAUGAGGGAGUUUGCCAAGACGAUCCGGCGGCCAUUCACGGUGCGCUACAACCCGUACACGCAGAGCGUGGACGUGCUGAAGGACACCAGCAGCAUCACCUCCGUGGUGGAGGACCUCCGGCACGAGCUGGACAUCGUGGGCGACGCCCUGAACCGCCUCUCAGUGCACCACGGGGUCUGAGGGGGGCGGUGUCUGAAGAGGGGCGGGG